CGAUGACCUAUAGAAUGAAUUCCCUGUUUAAAAGACUCAGUUUCAACGUCGAGACGUCUCCAGUUUCUGUCAGAAUACCUCAAAGUGCUUUUCAAAUUAUUCUUGCGGCCAAAAAAUGUGAAUGCCAAAAAGAGGAUGAGGAGAAUAAAAAAGAACAUGCAAAAGUAGAAUUGGCAAUUGAACCAGCUAAUUUGUCAGGAGAUGAAAAAGGGGAUGGAUAUGAACUUAUUGUUGAUUAUAAAUUGGUUGUAGACUCGGAAACGAAAUUGAUUGAACGUGAUAGAUGGAAAGACAAAGAAGUUUUACAAGAAAUUGAAACAAACUUGUGUACUAUAGAUUGGCUAGAAUUUUCCCUUUGUGUAAGAGAAAUGCUUGGAAUACCUGGAGAUUUGAGUGUUUCUAACGGUUUUCGAAAUUUUGCUAUUUUGAAUUCAGACAGGACUUGGUAUGUCAACACAAAUCAACUAAACACAUUUGGAGGCCGUUUAUUCAAAGAAUGGUAUGAAAGGGAUAGUCAAGGAGAAAGUAAUUGUGUUGUCCAAUCUUUGACUGUAAAUGAAUUAAAUCAACUUUUAACUGCUUGUUGUGCUUAUUCAACGCCUGUUGUUCACAGUAGAAAUUUUGAUGUUCUUUUAGAAAUUGCUGAUAAAGAAAAAAUUACUGGUCUUUUACGUUUAUUGGAGUCUUUUCUUGUUGAAAGCCGUGUUGUACAUCCAAUUAGGAAAUUGGAGUAUUCUGCAGAAUAUAGAAUGACCCGUCUAGCAACUUCAGUACUUCGCUCUUUCCCUAACCGAUUGGCCAGACUUGAUUCUUUAUUUUCUUAUUUAUCUGAAAAUGGGGAAAAUAUAACUGAUGUUCAUUUGGAUGUACUUGAAAUGCUUGAAAUUCAACCGGAAAGUAUAAUUAUUUGA